GGAUUUUGCAUCCAGUGGAAGCAGAAGGAAUUGCUGCAGGUCUCGUGACCGUUUCCUACUGUGGGAAUGAAGAGAAAUGUUUUCAUCUAAAUGUUAAGUCCUUGUUUGUCUCCUGCAGAUGCUGAGCAGUGUAAGAAGUGCCCAGAGGAUGAGUAUCCCAAUGAGCAGAGAGAUCGCUGCCUCCCCAAGACUGUGACCUUCCUGGAUGUGAAUGAACCCUGGGGGAUGGCAGUGACGGUUGUAGCUGUUUCACUCUCAUUGCUCACGGUCCUGGUUCUGUGGGUCUUUGUGAAGUUCCAAGACACUCCCAUAGUCCAAGCCAAUAACAGGAACCUCAGCUACCUGCUCCUCACCUCCCUUUCCUCCUGCUUCCUCUGCUCCUUGCUCUUCAUUGGCCGUCCAACAAAGGCUUCCUGCCUUCUCCGACAAACAGUGUUUGCAAUUGUGUUCACAGUGGCUGUUUCCUCCAUUCUGGCCAAAACCAUCAUAGUAGUUCUGGCUUUCAGGAUUACAAGGCCAGGGAGCAGGAUGCGGAUGUUCCUUCAUCCCAGAGUGCCCUACUGUGUGGUUCUCAUCUGCUCCGGAAUCCAAGGGCUUUUCUGUGCCAUCUGGUUGGGAACCCAUCCCCCCUUUCCAGAGGCAGACACACGCUCUGAAUCCAGGCACAUCAUCCUCACGUGUAACGAGGGCUCUGCCUUUGCAUUUUACUGUGUCCUGGGCUACAUGGGCUUUCUGGCCCUGGGCAGCUUCACCAUAGCCUUCCUGGCUAGGAACCUGCCCGAUGCCUUCAACGAAGCCAAGUUCAUCACGUUCAGCAUGCUGGUGUUUUGCAGUGUCUGGGUCUCUUUCCUCCCCACGUAUCAGAGCUCCAAAGGAAAAGCCAUGAUGAUCGUGGAGAUCUUCUCCAUCUUGGCCUCCAGUGCUGGGUUACUGGGCUGCAUUUUUAUUCCCAAAUGUCUUGUGAUUCUCCUGACAUCAUGGGAAAAUAACACAAAAAAGUCAGACAUAGAGCGGGCAUCCACACUGAGCACUCAACGAGACAGGGACCUGAAUGCCACUGCGGAGGAGAGUGACCUCUUGGUGAGCUCAGGGAUUAAGCGGACCAUCUGCCUCAUGGGAGGAGGCCUCCCCCUUGCCCGGGAAACUGCCUCAGUAGUCAAAAAAGUCCUCCCUGAGCAUAUCACUCCAGGGUAUGUGCUGGUGAAGCAGCAAGAUGAAGUCCCAACCACGGAUACAGCACCUUUGGCCGCUAACAGAUAA